GGCAACCACGUGUGUAACUACCGUAAACACAAUGUGCGGUUACCGUUCCUGGUUGCCUACAAAUCGCCACGCUUCGUUCGUGUCCGCACGGAUUUCGUUCCGGAAAAUAUUAGUGCGGAAAAUCGCGGGCCGUCGACAUGUCCGAAGAAGACGUGAUACCGGAAACAGGAGCUGUUUUCACGUAUGGCAAAAGUAGUUUUGCAGACAACAUUCCAAGUCACUUUUUCAUCAGAAAUGAUCCAGUAAUCGAAAUCAGUUGCGGGGAAGAACAUUCUGGAAUUGUCUGCAAAAACGGAAGAGUAUUUUGUUUUGGAAAAAAUAGUUUCGGACAACUUGGCCUAGGGCAUACGGAAAAUGUCUACAAGCCUAAUUGUGUUAAAAGUUUAAAACCAGAUAAGGUUAAGCAUAUAGUUUGUGGACGGUCACACACAAUCGUUUCAACAGAGAAUAACAUCGUUUACGGAUUUGGCGAUAACAGCGACGGCCAACUAGGACACUCGGUGGCGGACGUGACCCACAGCGAAGUGCCCAUCGAAGUUACCCGUUUCAACGAUAAGAAUAUCAUUCAAUUAUCCGCUGGAUCGUAUCAUACGGCGGUCCUCUUAGAAAACGGCGACGUUUACGUCUGGGGAUCGAACAGCGACAAACAACUGGGACUGAACUCGAUGGACGACGAUUCGGUCAACGUCAGUGUGCCGACCAUCGUGCCGAUCGCCCUGCCCGUCUUGUACGUAUCUUGCGGGCACACUCACACCGCAUUCGUCACGAGAAUCGGACAAUUGUAUACGUGCGGUGAUAGAAAGUAUGGAAAACUUGGCCAUGGCCUGUGGUCACUGAGCCGGGUCGACACGACCGAAAAUAUCGUAAGAGUCGCUUGCGGGGCUAGCCACACGAUCGCAUUGAACGACGCGGGAAAAGUGUUCGUUUGCGGUAACAACGACUGUGGACAAAUAGGUCUGCGAAGCGUCACAUCGCAAGGUCAUCUGUACCCUUGCCCCAUUACCAACGAACCGAUCGUUCAGAUUGUGUGCGGCCAAAGCCACAGUGCUUUUAUUACCGCGAGUGGCAAACUAUUUAUGUGUGGCGACGGAAAAUACGGAAAGCUCGGCAUAGACGUCAAUCAAAUAACAACUCCAACGCUCGUGUUGGCGUUCGUAGACAAAAAUUUAAACGUACAGAUGGUCAGUUGUGGAGGAAAUCAUACUUUAAUUCACGCCGAGCCCCUCGACAACGAACUCACUAAUAAUAGCUUACAACAAAUAAAAUCGUCUGACUCAUUACCUCCAUUAAGGGUUGUGAAAAAGAUAAUCGAAGAACGAAAAGAGAAUAUUGAACCAUUUACAUCGAUUACUCCAGCCAAAGAUAACGAACCGGAAGUAUUGAACAUAGUCAAAGAAAGCGGCGUAAAAGAAAUUAACACAAAUUUGAUCGAUCAACAAAUUAAUGAGGAUAAAAAAUCAUUCAAAGAUAAGAUACCAACGGGAAUAAAAAUCUCAAAUUUAGAAGAUGAAUCGGUAGAAAAAGAAGGGACAAAUGCAAACAUGUUGGUUAUUAAUGAGAAAACCGAAAAAAAAGUAGUAAAUAAAUCAAAAUAUCCUAGAAAUGAGAGAGUACGGUCUCGCAUGUGUGUAGUCAUUUAAAAUAAAUAUUAUGAUACUUAAUCAUACAAUCUUAUUAUACCUAUUAUUUGAAUUAUAUUGCUUAGACAAAUUUUAGUUUUAUGUAUAUCUACAGUUUUAAUAUUAACCUAUUACCUAUAUGAGGUAUGACUAUACCUAUGUACAAUAUUAUUUAUAUUACGUGUGUCUAAUCUCAUUAUCAAAUUAAGAUUUACACAGUAUUAUUAUUUUCAUUCAGACACACUUUAAUCAUUAUUAAAUUGAGUGAAGGUCAUUUUUGACGAGUUUAUUUUUUUUUUUCAAUAUUGCUGUAAAUAUUUUUUGGCUUAAUGUCGAACUGUAGAUAAUAGAUAUAAAUACAUUAUUAUAGUGUUAUACCUAUCAAUUUUCAAAACAUUCUUCUCAAAUGUUAAUCCGCUAUCUAUUCGGGUGUACGUGUGUCGUAUAAAAAGUGAAAAACGGUGAUCAUGCUGCAAUUGCAGCUUCGUAUGGAUUUGCAAUAAUUAUGGAUCAAAACGUAUCGUAUAGCAGUCCACGUGGGCCAUCGGAAAUACUAAACGAGAAAAUGGACGACAAACGACAACUUGGCCGGACAGUCUAAAAUGCUGAUGUAUAAUUUAUUACAAAUAAAACGUAUAGGUAACAAAAAAAAACAGUUGACAUUUUUUGAAAUUUUCAUUCCAACUAUUGUCAAAUCAUCUAUAUUUUGUCAUGACUCAUGGUAUUUUGCAAGUAAUAAUGUUGUAUUAUCAAAAAUAUAUCUUCCAAAAAAAUUGUUUAAAUACCUAAUGUUUUUUCUCAUUUUAAUCAACUAAUCUAAGAUCUAACUAUGAUAAUUUUUUUUUUUUGGAGAUAACUGAAUUUUAAUUUUUAUGGCCGCCCUUGUUCGCCUAGUUAGCGCAUCCCUGCUCUUAUUACCUACAUCGAAUUUGUAGACAACCACUAAAAUAGAUGUAUUAUAAUAUUAUGUGAAAUAUGUACUAAUAUUAUAUUUUUAAGCUAUUUCUAAAAAACCAUUAUUUCGUAAAAUCUCUAUUUAAAAAAAAAAAAAAAAGACCAUGGUGGGAUCUGGCGUCCACGUCUAUCUUCCCCCCCCCCCUUGUAUACGUUCGUGGUUUUAACCACGAAUAAGGAUAAAUAAAUUCAUAGCUGAUACGCGUAAGAUAUGUAGGUAACCUUGUAACCGUAUAUGUACUAUACACAUUACACCUAUGUUUAGUAUAUACAUGAACUUAUACUUAUUAGUUAUUAGUUUUUAUUAUACUGUAUAGUAAAUAGGUUCAUCGCACAUAAGAAUUUCAAAAAUGUUAAUUAAAUUAAUGUUAAUAUGUUAAUUUACUAUUAAAAUGAUUUACAUCUAUUGUCUAUAGAUAUAAUAAAGUAUCACUAUCGGAAAAUGUUAUAUCUGAUUAAUCAUCAAAAAUGUUCUCAAUAGUUUUGGAUGGAUUCAAAAUAUCUAUUCAAAUUAUAAAAUUAUGUAUAUUAACUAUGUAAAUAUAUUUAUUUUUAUUAUUUGUAUAAAAUUAAUAAAAAUAUUAAAAUAGUUUAAUACCUACUUAAAUAGAUUAAUAAGACGAUUGGCGAGAAAUUAUAUUAUAAUAACUGAUUUUUAAGGAUCAUCGAUCACAACCAUUGUAUUCGAAGGAUUGUACCUUGCACUUUAUAAUAAAUCUAUCCUAUCUAUAAUGAAUAAUUUAUACUUAAUUAUAAUGAUGAAUUUAGAUUAAUAGGUACCUACAUAUAUUUGUCAUUAUAUACAAUUGUAAUAUAUAAUAUACUGUACUUC